AUGUUAUUGAAUGUGUUAGGUUUUGUAUGUAACAUUAUAUUUGAAAUAAUAUACAUAUAUAUAGUAAAUACUUAUAAAACUUUCAAUAUAAACUGUGUAUCUUACAUUGCUUUUUCAGAUUUUGGCAUAGCUGGUUGGUGGGACCUUGAGGAUGAAUUACCUAAAGAACUCAUUGGUAGCGGAGGUUUGAGAUCUGAGUUGUCUCAUCAACAGCCUCAUUCUUCUCGAUCUGUGCAAUCAUCUCAAAAUAUGCAGAAUGGUGAAAUUGAAUUUUCAAAUUUACCUCUUGACAAUAAUGGUGUUAGCAGUAUUAAUGCACAACGACAUCAUCAACUUUCACAACUUCUUCAAAGUAAGCCACCUGCUCCUCAUAGUGGAACUGCCCCUCAAAAUCAUGCAGGCAUUCCAAACUCUCAGGGCAUUAAUAGCCCUAUUGUAUCAUUACCCAAUAUGAGCAAUGUUAAAAGUCCGCAUUCUAAUAGUCUUUCCUCGCCUUCCAAUGCAACUACCAGCAAAGCUGGAACUCCAGUUUCCACAUCACCGCAUAAUGUAAAUGUGAAUAGUGACAAUAUGACAUUAACUAGUAUUUCUAGCAACAUAAUGAAUACUGCAUUCAAUAACAGUUCCAAUGUAACUGGGACAUUGAACAUGAAUAAUAAUCUAUCACUUAUGACAAGUAAGACCGGAUCUCUAGGUUCUCAAGGAAGUCUUCUAACAACAUUGACCAAUGUUAGUACUCCCAAUAGUCUAUCAAUGCCAUUGCAGCCUUCGCAGCAAGUGCAAAUUUCACAGCACAAGCAAACUCAUCAAGUUCUUUCUAAUUCCAUUGUUAAUGGUACUCAUAUGUCCAUGGGUAAUCCUAGCAUACCACGGAAUGUGACAACUGUGGCAUCUACAAUGGCUCAUGGGAGUAUUUUACCUAAUGCAAUGCCACCUCAUUCCCACCAAAGUGGUAUGAGCCAUCCUUCUAUUAAUAAUUCACAAGCUUCAACUAUAACCAUGGUAAAGGGUCCAGUUGGAAAUCAACUUGGGUUACCAUCUAACAGUGGAUCAUUCCAUGGAUAUAAUGCAACAGUUUCAGCUUCACAGCUUGGCAUUCCAUCAUCUGUUGCUUCCAUUGCAGUCCAAAGACCUAUUACUUCCAUGGGAGUUAAUAUUCCUCCACGUUACCCAUCUGGAAUUGAUACAUCAUUAACAACAAAUCAACAAACUCAACAACAGCAGCAGCAGCAGCAACAACAACAACAACAACAGCAACAACAGCAGCAGCAGCAACAACAACAGCAGCAACAGCAACAGCAGCAGCAGCAGCCGCAACAACAACAACAGCAGCCACAACAGCAGCAGCAAUCACAAGGACAACAAAUACCUAUUCAAAAUUUGCCAGGGAAUCAGUCAUCCACACAGAUUCCACAAAGCAGUAAUGUCACACACAAUCCAAGUUCAGUCACACCAACAACAGAUCCAGAGAAAAGGAAAUUAAUUCAGCAACAAUUAGUAUUGUUACUUCAUGCUCAUAAAUGUCAAAGGCGUGAAACUCAAUCCAAUGGUGAAGUUAGACAGUGUGCUUUACCCCAUUGCAGAACUAUGAAAAAUGUUCUUAAUCAUAUGACAACUUGCCAGGCUGGUAAAUCAUGUCCUGUUCCACAUUGUGCAUCAUCCCGACAGAUUAUUUCGCAUUGGAAGAAUUGUACCAGGAAUGAUUGUCCAGUUUGUUUGCCUCUUAAACAAGCAUCUGAUAGAAGACAACAGCAAGCAGCAGCUGCAGUACAGUUGAAUCAACAGAAUCAAGGUCCAGCACCUGCUGAUAUGCAGAGAGCUUAUGCUGCUCUUGGACUUCCUUAUAAUGCUGCUGGACCUACUAAUAUGAAUCAAGUAAUGCCAAGAAAUCAAGCUGUUCCUUCUUUAAAUGAAGUACCACCUGGCCAGUGUUCUUCACAAACUAUAAAUCAUAUUGGUCAGACCCAACAAUCUCUUCAGGCUCAAACUCCACCUCAGACUCAAAACCAGAUGCGCCCCUUGGGUCCUGAGGGAGUAAAUCAACUUUCUCAAAAUUAUUCAGUCUCUUUGGAUAAUAAUCAGUUGCCUUUAGGUGGUAAAAUGAAAGCUCCAGGAAUAUCCAUGUUACCUCCUUCACCAAAUCAAAUUACUGGACCAGUACAAUCAGUUUCCAAUAUUCAUGGUCAAACUACACCAGGCAAUAAAGAAUGGCAUCAGUCAGUGACAAGAGAUUUAAGGAACCAUUUAGUACAAAAAAUAGUUCAAGCAAUAUUUCCAAUGCCUGAUCAGUCUGCUUUGCAAGACAAGAGAAUGAUUAAUCUAGUCUCUUAUGCCAAAAAAGUUGAAGGAGAUAUGUAUGAUUCUGCAAAGAGCAGGGAAGAAUAUUAUCAACUACUAGCUGAAAAAAUUUAUAAGAUUCAAAAAGAAUUGGAAGAGAAACGGCAGAAACGAAAGGAACAGCAAAUGCAGCAAGUUCAACCCAUUAACAGUCCAGUUGGUCAUCUUAUGGGUAGUCCUGGCACUCCAAAUAUUAAUCUUUCAACCAUUAGUGGACAAGCACAAUCUCACAUUUCCAACAUGUCUCUUCCUUCUGCUCAACAGCGCAUACCUCCACCAAAUGUUACAAUACCUGGCAAUAUGGGUCCAAGAGGAGAUAUGUUUCCUUCACCAAGCCAACUACAGAAUUCUCUUGGUCCCAAUGUAGGAAUGAAUGUAAAUCAGAAUCAUUUUACACAUACUUCACUUCCACGUUUACCUCCUGUUAGUAUGCAACAAUCUCCUUUCAAUAAUAUGACUGGAACUGUUACGAUGGCCUCCUCUUCAUUAGAUAUAGCAUCUGUGACACCUACCUGCACUGGUAAUUCAAUGAAUCAGUUUGGUUCUUCCAUUAGUCAAAGUCAUCCUCAUUUUGGUGAAACCUUAAAGACUAGACAAAUGACACAUCAGGUCACACAUCAAAUGGGACAACUGAAUCAAGGGCCAUUAUCUGGUUCUCUUCCUGCUGCAGCUGCUGCUACAAAUUCUCAGAUGCCUGUAAUGAUGCAAGGACAACAGCUAACAGCACAGCAGCAACAGCAACAACAGCAGCAGCAGCAGCAGCAACAACAACAACAACAACAACAGCAGCAGCAGCAGCAACAACAACAGCAACAGCAGCAACAACAGCAACAACAACAACAGCAGCAACAGCAACAACAAAUUCAGCCACAACAGCACUUAUUGUCAGAUCAGACAAUAAAUAAGUCCAUGCUGUCACCAGAAAUACAGUCACAGUCUGUGCCUCAUUCUCAUCCUAUACCACAAUCAUCAACACCACAACCCCAAUCUCAGCAGUUGCCUAUACAACAACCACCAAGAGCAGCAUCAGUUCCAGGAGCUUGCCUUCAAAAUACUUACACAUUAAGAUUAGAAAGUCAACAAGAUAGUCAAAACUCACAUAGUGGCAUAGGAAAAAAUAUAGAUAAUAGUAAUGAUUCUUCUUCAUUUCCAGCACCAGAUUCUGUUAAUGCAAUAUCUUCAGUAGGUAAAAGUCAAACCAACAUAUUGUCAUCUGGUGUAUCAGGUACAACAGAGACACUUCCUACUUACACGGCUGCAGUUAGUAACCAAAGUCAAAAUAGUGGUAAAGGUAAAAAUAUUGAUGGGACUGCUGAAAUCAAGAUGGAAGCAGAUUCAUUUGAAACCAAACCUGACAUAAAAACAGAAAUUAAAACUGAAAUUAAAGUAGAAAUUAAGCAAGAACCAAUGGAUGAAAGUUCUUCAGUAUUUAAUUCAAGUUCUGUUGGUGUUAAGGAAGAAACUGUAUCUGUUAAAGAAGAACCUUCAACACCAAUGUCUACAGCAAGUACAGGUGAGGCUCCGAUAGAGGUGAAAUCAGAAAUUACAACAGAACAAUCUCAACCUCCACCCAGACCAAGACCUAAUAAAAAAGUUUUUAAACCUGAUGAAUUACGUCAAGCAUUAAUGCCAACUCUUGAAAAACUUUAUAGACAAGAUCCAGAAUCACUGCCAUUUAGACAACCUGUUGAUCCUCAUUUGCUUCAAAUUCCUGAUUAUUUUGACAUUGUCAAAAAGCCUAUGGACUUAUCUACUAUUAAAAGAAAAUUAGAUACAGGGCAAUAUCAAGAUCCUUGGCAGUAUGUAGAUGAUGUUUGGCUAAUGUUUGAUAAUGCUUGGCUGUAUAACCGAAAAACAUCUCGUGUGUAUAGGUACUGUACAAAGUUAUCUGAAGUAUUUGAACAAGAAAUUGAUCCAGUCAUGCAAUCCUUGGGCUAUUGUUGUGGCAGAAAAUAUGUUUUUCAACCACAAGUUCUGUGCUGUUUUGGCAAACAACUGUGCACCAUUCCAAGAGAUGCAAAAUAUUGGAGUUAUCAGAAUAGAUAUACCUACUGCCAGAAAUGUUUUCAAGAAAUUCCAGGUGAUGUUGUGACACUUGGAGAUGAUCCAACUCAAUCACAAACAAUAUUAAAGAAAGAGCAAUUUGUGGAAAUGAAGAAUGAUCAUUUAGAAUUGGAACCGUGAGUACACUUGUUUUAUUCAAUAAUGAAUAUUAUAAAUAAUUGCAUUUAAUAUUUAUGACUUUGUGAUGAUAAAGUCCAAAAGAUAAAUGUAUGCCAUGGAAAUAAGAAC